AUGCACUCCUUAAAAAAUCGUCGGCACGGCGUCAAAAUCGAGCGGACAAGAAAAGCACAACAGAAUCAGAAUCAAACAACUCUCACGAAAUCAGUUUCAAUGGCGAUCCACAAGCUUCCACUUCUUCUCCUUCUCUCCAUCAUUCUUCUCUUCCUCAAUCGCCCCGUCCUUAGCGACACCGAUGAAGAGGACGUUCUUUUCACAGGCAUCAACAGCUACAGAACAACGCAGAACUUAACAACCUUAAACAAGAACAAGAACGCGGAGUGUCUAGCCGACGAAAUCGCAGACCAAUUCAAGAACAAACCCUGCACCAACGACACUGGCUCAGCCACUGUACCUGGAAACGAGCCACAGUUUGCAAAUUACCCCAAGAUUCUAGCCAAAUGCCACUUGAACGUCUCCGACACAAGAGACGGCAUGAUUAUGCCCGCAUGUGUUCCUCGCUUAGAGUCAACCCUCGUCCUCACAAACUUCACCAAGUCACAAUACUCUGCGAGUUUGAACGAUUCCAAGUUUACAGGAAUGGGAAUUGGUAAAGAAGACGAUUGGAUCGUUGUGGUUCUCACUACCAGCACACCUGAAGGAAGCUAUUCUGAAGAUACAAAGGAUCAUGAUCAUGAUGAUGAUGAUUCAAAUGGCUUCACCUUUAGUAUUGGUCUCGAUCUUCUCGGAUCGGUUCGCCGAUCCUUGGUUUUCCGGUCGUCCUUGGCCGGCGACGAUGGUAGCGGCGGCGGAGGUCUCAGCGGAUUCGUCGGAAAAAUCAACUCCAGCAUCCGUAGCUCACGCAUCGGCCUCUUCACCAAGCCGCCUCCAGGUCUUCCUGCUCCCAGAAAAGAAGAAACGCCGUCGAUUCGGUGGAGAAAGGGGGAAUUAAUCGGCUGCGGUGCUUUUGGGAGAGUUUACAUGGGAAUGAACCUCGAUUCCGGCGAGCUUCUUGCAAUUAAACAGGUUUUAAUCGCUCCAAACAGUGCUUCGAAGGAGAAGACUCAGGGUCACAUACGAGAGCUUGAGGAAGAAGUACGACUUCUCAAAAAUCUUUCGCAUCCAAAUAUCGUUAGAUACUUGGGUACUGUAAGAGAGAGUGAUUCCUUGAACAUCUUGAUGGAAUUUGUUCCUGGUGGUUCGAUAUCAUCUCUGCUGGAGAAGUUUGGAUCUUUUCCUGAGCCAGUUAUAAUAAUGUACACAAAGCAACUUUUGCUUGGUCUGGAGUAUCUUCACAACAAUGGGAUCAUGCAUAGAGAUAUCAAGGGGGCUAAUAUACUGGUUGAUAACAAAGGGUGCAUCAGACUCGCAGAUUUUGGUGCUUCCAAGAAAGUUGUAGAGCUAGCUACUGUAAAUGGUGCCAAAUCUAUGAAGGGAACGCCGUAUUGGAUGGCUCCUGAAGUCAUUCUCCAGACAGGUCAUAGCUUCUCUGCUGAUAUAUGGAGUGUUGGAUGCACUGUGAUCGAGAUGGCUACAGGGAAGCCUCCCUGGAGCGAGCAGUAUCAGCAGUUUGCCGCUGUCCUUCAUAUUGGUAGAACAAAGGCUCAUCCACCAAUUCCAGAAGACCUCUCACCAGAGGCUAAAGACUUUCUAUUGAAAUGCUUACACAAGGAACCAAGCUUGAGACUCUCUGCAUCCGAAUUGCUUCAGCACCCCUUUGUGACUGGAGAGCACAAGGAAUCUCAUCCAGCUUUCCGUAAUUCUUUUACGGAAUGCGGAAACUCAACAGCCACACAAGGAAUAACUGUUGGGAGUUCAAUAAACUCUUUGAUGAGGAGGUCAACCUGUUCAGGCUUGAAGGAUGUCUGUGAACUCGGAAGCUUGAGGAGUUCCAUUAUACACCCAGAUAAGUCAAAUAACUCCGGAUUCUGUUGGCAAGAUGGCGACUCUGAUGACCUUUGUCAGACCGAUAUGGAUGAUCUCUGCAACAUUUCAUCAGUCAAAAACAAUGUUUUGUCGCAAUCCACCGAUUUAAACAAGAGCUUCAAUCCCAUGUGUGAUUCCACGGAUAACUGGUCUUGCAAGUUUGAUGAAAGCCCAGAAGUGAUGAGAAGUAAAUCUAACUUGGUAUCUUACCAAGCUGCUGAGCUCAAAUCUGGUGUUCCAUGUGAUGAGGAAACCAGCUUAACAUUUGCUGGCAGCUCUUCCGUUGCAGAAGACGACUAUAAAGCCACAGAGUUGAAAAUAAAAUCAUUUUUGGAUGAGAAGUCAAAUAAACGACUUCCGAGCAGACGACUCUCAGCAAUCACUGAUGCAAUGCCUAGCCCACUCAAAAGCUCCAAACGUACACUGAACACGAGCAGAGUGAUGCAGCCGGGAUCUGAACCAACUCAAGUCAACGAGUCAACCAAAAAGGGCGUGACUAAUAGCCGUUGUUUUUCAGAGAUACGACAGAAUCUGCGACAUGCCGGUGCAGGAGUGAAGUCUCCAUUAUCAGCUCAUAAGGAUAGAGAGAACGUUUAAGAGAAAAACUGAAUGUGGAAGCAUGCUGCACGAAACUUUGGAACCAAGAAUACGAGGAAAUGUGUCGACGACUAUACUAAUAGAAGUAUAUUCAAUUUAUAUGAAAAAAAAAAAACUUCUUUCCCUUUUGAGAGAAACACAUGUCGUCUGUCUCUAGUUUUAGUCUUUGUUUCGGAUUCUUGAAAAAGCUUUAUGCAUGUCAAAUAAAAAAACGCAUCAGGUAAAAUUCCUCUAGGUUCCAGCUUUAUGCUAAUAUAUUGAAUUAUCUGCGA